GCGGGGGCAAGCCGGGCGGCAGAGCGGGGAGCGGCUCCGUCAUGGCCACGGGCACGGGGCGCUUCGUGGUGUGGGACUACGUGGUGUUCGGGGCCAUGCUGCUCAUCUCCGCCGUCAUCGGCGUGUACUACGCCUUCGCGGGCGGCGGGCAGAAGACCUCCAAGGACUUCCUGAUGGGCGGGCGCAGCAUGAGCGCCCUGCCGGUGGCGCUGUCCCUCACCGCCAGCUUCAUGUCGGCCGUCACAGUGCUGGGCACCCCGGCCGAGGUGUACCGCUUCGGCGCCGUCUUCUGCGUCUUCGCCAUCACCUACCUCCUGGUGGUGCUGGCCAGCGCCGAGAUCUUCCUGCCCGUCUUCUACCGCCUGGGCAUCACCAGCACCUACGAGUAUUUAGAGCUUCGAUUUAAUAAAUAUCUGCGUCUCUGUGGGACAGUCCUCUUCAUUAUACAAACGAUUUUGUAUACCGGAAUUGUUAUUUAUGCUCCAGCUCUGGCACUAAAUCAAGUCACAGGAUUUGAUCUGUGGGGUGCAGUGGUUGCCACUGGAGUGGUCUGUACAUUCUAUUGCACGCUGGGUGGUUUAAAGGCUGUUGUCUGGACAGAUGUUUUCCAAGUUGGGAUCAUGGUAGCUGGGUUUUCAUCAGUGAUUAUACGUUCUGUGGUGGUUCAAGGGGGAAUCCAACGCAUUCUAAAUGAUUCCUAUGAUGGAGGAAGAUUAAACUUCUGGGACUUUAAUCCCAAUCCCUUGCAAAGACAUACCUUCUGGACAAUUGUUAUAGGUGGGACCUUCACCUGGACUGGAAUAUAUGGGGUCAACCAAGCUCAAGUUCAGAGAUACAUUGCCUGCAAAACCAGAUUCCAAGCAAAACUGUCUCUCUAUAUAAACUUGGUGGGACUCUGGGCGAUUCUCACCUGUGCAGUGUUUUCUGGAUUAGCUCUGUACUCGAUUUACAAGGAUUGUGACCCAUGGACAGCAAAGAAGGUGUCAGCACCAGACCAGUUAAUGCCAUACUUGGUACUGGAUAUUCUGCGAGACUUUCCAGGCGUGCCAGGGCUGUUUGUGGCUAGUGCCUACAGUGGGACGUUAAGUACAGUAUCCUCCAGCAUCAAUGCUUUAGCUGCUGUCACUGUCGAGGAUCUCGUUAAACCUUACUUCAGAUCACUCUCUGAACAGAAAUUGUCUUGGAUUUCCAAGGGGAUGAGUCUGUUUUAUGGUGGACUCUGUAUUGCUAUGGCUGCUUUGGCAUCCCUGAUGGGAGGUUUGUUGCAGGCAGCUCUCAGUAUUUUUGGCAUGGUUGGUGGCCCUCUUCUAGGUCUGUUUUCUCUGGGAAUCCUUUGCCCCAUCACAAAUCCCCUGGGCGCAUUUGUAGGUCUUCUAAGUGGCUUUGUUGUAUCUCUCUGGGUUGGAAUUGGAGCUCAGAUUUAUCCUCCUCUCCCUGAGAGGACUAUGCCAUUAAAGCUUACAACUAUAGGCUGUGAGACAGAACCACUAGGCAACUGGACUGCAACAAUGGCCAUGCCAAUUUUAACAACACUCUCACAUGCUCCAGUCAUAGAAAGACCUGUUCUAGCUGAUCACUGGUAUUCCUUGUCCUAUCUGUACUUCAGCACACUUGGGACUCUGGUCACAAUAGCAGUGGGAAUAAUUGUCAGCCUUUUAUCAGGAGGAAGGAAGCAAAAUAUUGACCGCAAAUUACUGGUGACAAAAGAGGACUUCCUGUCCAACUUCGCAUUUUCUAAACCUGAGAAAAAGGAGAAAGUGGAAGUUUUGAACUGGAAACUUCACAAUCUGGCAGAUGAAGGAAUCGACAAUCCUGCUUUCAACCAUAUUGAAAUGAAUUUCACAGACAAUAAAGAGAAAGUCAAUGGCAUUCAUAUAUGACCUGGUGCCAUGGAGCUCUUACCUACAAACAUUUUAGUUACUGUUUUGAAGACAUUGGUGGCAUUUCUGGAAAGAAUUAAUUUACCUACUAUACCUCUGGUUAUAUGCAAGAAUCCUUACCAUGCUCCAUGUCUUCACCACAUUGGAAUAACGUUAAGAUUAAGAAGAAUUUCAAAAAAAGGAAUCAGGUGUCUCUUAUGUAAGUGGUCUUUAAUGCAGGAAUUCAGAGAUUUUCUGUAUGAAAUCAUUUUUGUGUGGUCUCCUGUAAAAAUAUUUGCUUAAAAUCUCAGUUAAUUUUCAGAGUAAUAUUUUAAAGGAGGGCAUUCAAUUUUCGCAGACAUGGCUGAUCAUCUUAAUGAUCUGUUCCAUACUGAAGCUACGAAGAGGUCUAUAGUUCGUUUUUAGAAUGAAGGAAGCAGAAUUUAACAUUAAAAAUAUCUUUCCUUGUAGAAGUGCUGACCCUGAGUACCUACUGGCCAUUUUUUUAUGAAGAUAGCCAUUGCUGCAGUAUCUGAGCACCUUGUAGGCAAAGCAUUCAACCGCAAAUAUGUGGGGAAGUUGCUUAACCCCAUCUCUUCAAUGCCAAGGCUGAAGAGCUGGGCUAGACCUUAGAGAGUUUGUUAGAAAUGUUUAGAGAAAAGGUCCUUCCUCAUCACCCCGCAUGCCCCGAAGCAACAACAGAGCUAAUCAACUCAGGAUUUUUGAUUAUUAGAUCAGAUUUUUUGCAUAGCUCGUAGGGUGUGAAGGGAACUCUCUACCCCUUUAUACCCACAAUGUGUAUGAUUCCAUAGGUAGAAAGUUACAAAAUAGUAGGGUUUUUUUGCUAUGUGCAGACCCGCUAGCAUAAUUCAUGGGUUAAUUCAGUGCUUUUCAACUGUGGUCAGCAGACCCCUGGGGAUCUGCAGACUAUCCAAGGGGUCCGUGAAAGAUGACUAUCAUCAAUCAAAAAUAUGUGAACACCCACACUUACAAUUCAAAGGGGUUCGCACUUCCAUUCAAAAUUUUCCAUAAAUGAAAAAAGGUUGAAAAUCACUGGGCUACUCAAUGUUGCCUAGCACCUUGGGUAGCAACCAUUUACACUUUUGCAAACUGAGUAUAAAAUGCUACUAAAUAUGAGCUGUAAGUACAAUCACUCAAUUAAGUCCAAGCCAGAAUAGAACAUGUCUAGAAUUUUACAGGUGGGAAAACCUCAGUGCUCAAUUCUGUGUGAGAGUAAGGGGAAUCUGGCUGCUAUAAUUUACUGAACCCUGUCCCAAGUCCACCUAUAAGCUGAAGUACAGCUCAGAAACCCUGUAGCACUGUGCACUGUGGGCCUUCAAUUUACCUCCUAUUCAUUCCAUAUAUAUACUGGGGUCUUCAAGGGGAGCAGUAUAAGGCCACUAACAGCAUAAAGGAAAAGGGGAGUUUGUAUGGUGGCCUUAUGCUGCUCUGUGGAGGAAAGGGAAUUUUCUCCUGCCCCUGUAGCAACUUGCUUUGGUACUCACUUAGAGCAGGGAACAGAAUCUGUCCUCCACUGUUUUUGAGCCACUUGGCAGUUUACACCUACGUAUUUUGUAUAAUGCAUAUUUAAAAAUGUAUUUUGUAUUAUAUUCUAGGAUAUUACAUUUAUGUUGUAUUAGGAUAAUUUUGGGAAAUAAAAGCCAUUAUAGAACAUCCUUUUUGUGUGAUCUAUGAAGGCACCACCCAGUCAAACUGAGGUUAAAAUUCUGACUGUAAUUUUAAGAUACUUACUAAAAAUCAUAGUGAAGACAGGCUGGAACAAAAACUGGAAGAACAUGGGUCACCUGGCAUAAGUGACCCUCAUUCCAUUGAAGUCAAUGGAACUGUGCCAAUUUACAUAAGCCAAAUCUGGCCAUUUGUAGUGUUUGCGAUCAACCUAUUUUACGUGUGUGCAGUGACAGAAAAGAGCUUAAUCAUAUGAUGCUCCAUGAGGGUUAAUUAUUCUUAUUAGUGUGCCUCCACUUGUUUUGUUUGUUUGUUUGUUUUGUUUUGUUUUGUUUUUUAACUAUUGCUGUGCUGGCUUUUCUCUUCAGACGUGAAGAAGAGUGUCUUACAUUUGAAAAAUUGCCUAAUUCUAUCUUAGCAAUACAUUUGGUCCAAUAAAAUAUAUCACCCAAAGAAAUCCUUGCCUCUCCACUGAUAAAGAAAUAGAACAUCACAUUUUAAAAGCAGCUCACAUAUAGUACAUUUUAAAAAUUAACUCUUAACAUGGCACUUUUUAUUCAAAGAUGUGAAGGAAGGAAGGAAGGAAAGUCUCUAUUUUCCAAAGAGGACUGAGGCAUGAUGAAGUGAUUUCUCCAGUCGUCUAACAAAUCAGUGGUAGGCUUGGAGUAGAAACCAAGUCUCCUGUAUUCUAUCUAAUGACUCAAGUAACAAUACUGCUACUGUUUGUUUAGAAAUGUUGGGCACUUUUACACACACUCUGGGGGUGAUGUGGGGCAGUACUUUAAUUAGAGCAGCUCCGAGAGCCACUCUAAUUAAAGCACCACUGUGCCUACUGUUUCAGCGUCCCUGUGCUGGAAAAUGGCGGUGGGGGCACUUGAACUGAAGCUUGCUUGCUUUGCCUCUGAAAAAUUGUGCCUAAUUCAAGUUUAUUGCCAUUUAAAGCCUCCUGUGUAAAUGACUGUGCCACAUCUGUUUUGAUACAAGUCAUAUCCUGGACCAAUCAGCACCGUAUUAAAACAGUUGUCUAUGUUUAGCCCAAAAUAUUACCAAUGUGCACUUCAUUGUAUUAUUCUACACUGAGAUAAAUGUUUGUAUUUUAUUUGAUACUUGAUUAAACUGUUGCGGGUCUCCUUUGACAUUA